GUGAUCUGAAACCGGCUUCUUCUCUGAGGUCAGAUUGCGAAGGGGUCCGGCAGAGAAGCGGACCUUUUCCAGAGGGAAUCCAGCUUACACGGUACUCCAAGUCCCCUCUGGUUCUCCUCUCUACAUUAUGGCCGCCUCCGGUGCUACUCGCUUCUCUGGCCUAGGCGCGCGUUCCUUCAGCGACUUUGUCGGGAUCGCGACAUUCCAGGGGCUCCGGGGGUGCCGGACGCGAGCGCACCGCCACCCAAUCAGACAUUUGUCUUCCUGUGGCAUUGUCAUGACCAGAGCUUCUAAAAGGGAUGUACAAGAUAUCAGCAGUCCAUGUAUGCAACCGUGCCGCAGUUUUCUGGGCUUCACUGGACCAUUAACUAACAAGAGGAAGGAAUACUCCGAGCGUAGAAUUAUGGGGUACUCCAUGCAAGAGAUGUAUGAGGUGGUGUCCAAUGUAGAAGAAUAUAAACUGUUUGUGCCUUGGUGUAAAAAAUCUACAGUAAUUUCCAAGCGCACAGGAUAUGCAAAAGCACAGUUAGAAGUUGGCUUCCCUCCCAUAUUGGAGAGAUAUACUUCUAUAUUAACUCUAGUUCGUCCACACCUUGUUAAGGCUGUCUGUACAGAUGGACGUCUCUUCAAUCAUCUAGAGAGCAUCUGGCGAUUUAGCCCUGGCAUCCCUGGAUACCCUCGCACCUGCACUGUAGAUUUCUCAAUAUCCUUUGAAUUCCGCUCACUGCUUCAUUCCCAGUUGGCCACGGUCUUCUUUGAUGAAGUUGUAAAGCAGAUGGUUGCCGCCUUUGAGCGGAGAGCAGGGAAAAUGUAUGGCCCAGAGACCCCAAUUCCCAGAGAGCUCAUGUUUCAUGAGAUUCACCAGACGUGAUGACCGCUGCAGGGUUACAUAGUAUGGGGAGAGACAGAGAAGCAUCUUCAGCGCCAACCAGCCAAGGACACUAAGCAGUGAAUACAAACAUGAGCCAAACCGCCUUGUGCACUCAUUGGGACUCCUGAGCUCAGAACCACGCUGUUUUUUGUUAUUUUUUUUCUUUUUUUUGUUUUUUUAAAAAAAAAAAACAACAAAUAUUUAUUUAAUUUCACAUCUUAUUGUGCUGCAAAAUAUAUGUCUAAGUUAUCAACA